AUGUUGACAGAUUGGUCCGAGGUUGCGAGACUUCCCUCAGGGGAGCUGGGGUGGAGGGAUCGCUUCAAUGAAACCAAGGUCACUGGUUCCUCCACCAAGGCUUAUUCCGUGUACUCAGCCCGCCAUUUCCUACCCCACCUACCAGUGUCUACAUUUUUUGAUCGCCAUGGCUAUAACAGCAGCCGACUGACGACGUCGCAGCCGGUCGCAGAUGGCGUUGUCCUCUCUGCUGCGAAUGUAACCACCUACCUCGAUUCCAUUCUCGACUCGGCGUCGACAGCCUUGCCACGACUGCACUGCCCAGCUUUCGAUGCAAAAAGAUAUGACUAUCUACGUUCCAGCGGCUCAUGGCAGUCAACCCAGGGGGAACUGAAAUAUUUCUUCGCACUCGACCUCCGAAACUGCCUUCCACUGCUUCCGCGACUGCUCGGAAGCAUUGUCGAGGCCGUCAAGUUCCUUGGGCCUCAAAGUUGCGCGCUCUCCAUAAUAGAGGGUAAUUCCCCUGACGGCACAGCCGAUGUUCUGGAUGCUCUGAAGCUGCGCAUGGAACAAAUGGGCCUUUCAUACUACUUCAACACAUCGACGAUUGAUCCUUCGGUCGGCGAGAGGAUUACCAAGCUAGCAGAACUGCGCAACCUGGCUUUGGCGCCACUCUUAACUCACCCGCGGGCAACAAGCAACACGACCGUCACAUUUCUAAACGACGUUGCUGCUUGUACCGAUGAUAUCCUCGAACUCAUCUCCCAGCGUCACACCCUCAACGCAGACAUGACCUGCGCCAUGGACUGGACGUACGUCGGCAAAGAUCCCACAUUUUACGACGUCUGGGUGGCGCGCGCCAUGAACGGGGAUACGUUUUUCGAAAUCCCACCGGACGGCAACUGGAACUCGGCGUGGAACCUGUUUUGGAACGCCGGCGAGACGAGCAGUCGAUUUUUCCAGCAGCGGCCCUUUCAGGUAUUUGCUUGCUGGAACGGCGCCGUUGUAUUCUCGGCGCAGCCCAUUCUGGAAGAAGGGCUGCGCUUCCGGGAGGCAAAUACUACCCGGAAGGAAUGCCCCCAGGGCGAGCCGCAGCUGUUUUGCAAGGAUAUGUGGUUCAAAGGGCACGGCAAGAUUGCAGUGAUUCCAACGGUUAAUCUGGAGUAUUCGGACGACAAGGCGAAAUGGAUCAAAGAUGCAAAAGGUUACACGUCGGAGAAUGUGGCUAAACAGGACGCAGCUGGAGAUGUCAUUGAGUGGCAGCAGAAGCCGCCUGGGAAGGUUAAGUGUAUGCCUGUAUGGGAAAACCAAUACUGGGUGGAAUGGAAUGAGACAUUGGAGAAUUGA